CCACCCUCCUCGUGUGGCCUGUACGCAACGCUGGAACAACGCGCUUCUCAACUACUCUCAAUUGUUAUUGGUGUUUCCCGUGAGAAACGUGACUUUUUUUUUCUUCUGAGGUACACCAGGGCCAAUGAAGAUGACUCGCAUUCUACAUUCAGAACAGUUUGCUAAGAAGAUCAGAGCUCUCUGCUGAAUUAGGUUAACAACGUGAUUAUUGAUUUGAAAAUAGCAAGAACAAUAAAUUUCAUGUGUACUUUUUUCUUACAUUUUGUGUGGCGGCUGUAGCUCGCUGAACUGCCCCGCCGAGCAGCAGCACCUACUUGGCAGUCUUGUUCUGCGCGUUAGGGCGCAGAACAAGAUUUCAGCACCGGAGCUGUCCAAGCCUUGUGCUCUUCCGCCGCCCUCUCCGCCUGUGCCGUAAAGACCGUGCACACAGAGUGCGCUCAUACUUCGCCGACUGCUGCAUCGUCGUCGAUUCACUUCGGUCAAGUGGAAGGCGCGGGUUUAUUUUAAUGUCGUUUUAAGUUGGGCUGUGACCAAACAAAGAAAUAUACGCACAUAAUUACAAGGCGAGCUGAGUCUUGACAUGCUGUACGGACGUCUGUAGGAGAGCGGGGAAAAGACAGCCUUGACUCAAGGAACGUAGUCGGAACCCAUCCCAGACAUGGGCGUGUUGAUGUCCAAGAGGCAGCAAGUGGAGAAGGUGCAGAAGUGCAGUGUGGUCGUCUCGGCUUUCAAGGAGGGGCUGAAGGACCGCCCACCCCCGGCCAACCCCCCAGAGGAGUCCGCAGACCCUGACGGGAAGCCUGCUGAGACAGAGGCUGCAGCCCCCACAAAUGAGGAGGAGAAAGAGGUGGGACAUAAGGAAGAAGAUGGCAAAGCAGGGGCCUCCACUUCCCAGCAUGCCUCAGCUCAGCACAAGGAAGACUGCAGGAUCAACCAGGAGGCCUGGUCCCGGCUGCGUGAUGGCAAGGGGGUGGAGCCUGAAGAUCUGGAAAAAGCCAAUCAGCUCACGCCUCCAGCGUUCAUCCGGCCCAAGAGAGACAUCAAUGAUGACCAGCCUGUGGAGAUCGAGCUGGGGCAGAGAGAGCAGCCAGUAAAUGAUGAGAUGUGUGAGAUCUGCGAGGUGUGGACCGCAGACGACCUGUUCCCGUGCCGGACCUGCACAAGGGUCUUCCACGAUGGCUGCCUGCGAGAGAUGGGCUACCUGAGCACCGACACCCUGCAGGAGAUGAGGGAUACCGCCCACACCGCCACCGGGUGGAGCUGCUACUACUGCGACAACAUCAACCUGCUUCUCACAGAGGAGGAGAUGUACAGCCUCAUGGAGACCUUCAAACAAUGCAAGAUCAUCCCAGAGUCCUGCCUGGUAGCGGAUGAGGUCCUGCAGUACAAGCACUUCCUGUCCAAGCGGCUGUUUGAGAAGGACCUGUCAGAUGAGCAGGAAGAAGAAGUGUUGGCCCAGUUCUCUGCCCUCGACCCAGAGAAGAGGGGUCAGAUCGAGUGGUCUGACUUCCUGUACCACGAGUCUUUGGGGGUGCUCAGCAAGUUCCGCUCUGAGAAUUCUCUGGUGCGGCUGCUGACUGCGAAAGAGAGGGACAGGGCGCGGUCGGUGUUCCUGAGUCUGGAUCAGGACAACGACGGGCUCAUUACGGGCGGGGACGUUCGAAGAGCCCAACAGUCCUGGUUCCGGAAGCACAGCAAGGAGUCACAGUCUUGUAAUGUGAGCAUCAGCCAUGUGGGUCCCAUUUCCGAGAACAGCCCAUCCAGCUCCAGCAGUGAGAAGAGCAGGGAAAGGGACGACAACAGGCAGGUGACCUGGCCGCAGUUCCUGAAGGAGAGCGCUCUCUACAUCCUGGCUGCUCGCCCAAACAGCGCUGCCAUGCACCUCCGGCCCCUGUUGUAACCUGCCAGGGACUGCCCGAGUCCUUGGGAAGGGGAGAGAGAGAGAAAGAGGAGGAGAGAGAGGAGAUAAGUAAGAGAUGAGCAGACGUGCAAAGAGUGUACAAAAGAGAGAGGGAGAGAGGAAGGGAUUGAUAGACAAAAGAGAGCAAGAAAGAAAG